UAUUGGACGUCGCAGAUAUUUCACUUUCGAAAAUUUAUUGCAAUAUGCAAACUAAAACGCGGCCUUCAGACAACUUUUGUAAAUUGCUCAAAAUAAUUCGGCUAAGCUCCAGCUUAGUCGGUAUAGAUGUUAUCGAUGAGAAUUUUAAAUUUAAUUAUGUCGUCGGUUUUGUUUUGGUGGCGAUCGCUUGGAAUUUUACAAUCUCAAUAUAUACGGUUUGGAAAGAUGUGAAAACCGAUUGGACGGUGCUCUUGGAUGUAUUUUCACCGAUCAGUUGCGCCACUCAAGGCGUGAUCAAAAUAAUGUCCAUACUCUUGUACCCAAAAUUAUAUCGUGAACUGGCAAUGGACCUUGUAAACAUUUACAAGAAAUACGAAGCGUUAGGAACAAAAUAUGAGACGAAAUUAUUUGAAUGGAACCAGAGUAUGAAGAAUAUUCUCAUCAUUGGUGGCUUAGUAUAUUUCGUGUCUGCUGUGCUAGCGCUGAUUACGCCCGUCUUCUUAUACAUAUUCAAAGGUGAAAGGCAUCUAAUAAUUAUGUGUCAGAUGCCGUAUGUUGAUUUGGACACAGAUCAUGGCUAUUUCAUUACGAUUGGUUAUAAUAUACUGUGUGUUUUCGUAGCGGCGUUCGGUUUGUACGGUGCCGACUUAUACGUCUUUCUAUUUCUAUCACACUCGAUAUUCUUCUACGAUAUUUUCGCACUUAAAGUCGAAGAUCUGCAUGAAGUAUUGCACGAGAAUAAGCAGGAUACACGUCUAAAGGCAAUGGUUAAUGACAUUGCUAGUUGGCAUCAAUACUACUUGGACUUCAACGAUAAAUGCAACCAGAUUUUCUUCUGGACCAUUACCGCGCACAUAUUAUGCACCAUAUUGGGCAUCUUGACCACAUUGCUUAUAAUUAUGCUGAAAUACUGGCCUGGUGCUUAUCCCUACAUAUUCGUCUGUUUCGUUUGGUUAUAUAUGUAUAGUAUUCUGGGCACGCGUGUGGAAAUAUGCAAUGAUCAAUUUUGCGAUGGAAUUUACGAUAUCAACUGGUAUGAUCUGGAUGUUAGCGAUCAGAAGACAGUAAGCUUAAUGCUUAUGCAGUCGCAGGUGCCACGCAUUAUAACCAUAGCGGGUAUUGAGCCGUUGUCAGUAAAUACUGCGCUUAAGAUCACACGCUCAAUCUACAGUUUAGCUAUGAUGGUCAUGCAGUUCAACGAGUGAAGCUAAACCACUGAAAGCAGCGUUAAAAAUCGCAAAGUAAAUAAUGGUUCAAUUGAAAGUACAGUUUCUCAAAUAUAUUAUUUUAAUUCCCAAUA